UGCUUUUCCAUUACAGAGUUGAGAAGAUGAAGGGAAAAGCAGCUACUUUCGCCAAGUUCCCACUUGCGCGCAUCAAGCGAAUGAUGCAGAAGGACGACGAGGUUGGCAAGAUUGCUCAAGGCGCCGCAGUCUCCGUCGGCAAAGCAGCUGAACUGUUCAUGCAGCACCUGCUAAAGCAGCUCAACCAAGUCGCCAAGGAUCGUGACACGCGAACCAUCACACCAGCCCAUCUCAAGGAGUGCGUGAAAACCAACCAAAUGUUUGACUUUCUGGCGGACAUUGUGGCAAAGGCGCCCGAUCUCCCUCCUCCUGGACAGGAAUCCAAACCAAAAACUGGAGCAGCAGCAGCCAAGGAAUCACGCGCUAAACGUCCUCGAAAGGCUCGCUCGGAAGACGAUCAAGCGAGCAAGCCGAGCAAAGCAGAAGCGGUCGACGACUCUGACAGUGACGGCGAUGAUUGGGAGGCGGACAGCGACGAUGAAGAUCAAAAACCAAGGAAACGACGACCAAGCAAACCUGCAACCGUGCACGGUCAAAAGGGCAAAACGGCUGCAGCCCCUGCACCACCAUCCUCGUCAUCGUCAUCAUCAUUAGCAUCAUCAUCUUCAUCCUCCGACGCUGCGCCGGUAGCACCGUUCGCGUUUGUGAACUUCCAGUCGUCCUCGUCGUCAGCUCCGGUGCUCGGGACGCCAGCUCCUCUGGUAUCCCCCACCGUCGCAAUGCCUCGUGCACCAGUGCCAACGGCAUCGACCAACAAGCAGCCUAAAGAAGAAGACGAAGACUAUGAUUCAUGAACAAUGUGCGUUUUGUCAGCAUCAAUAAAUUAUUAUGCGUG